CCUCCGUGACAGUCGUUCCUCCUCCUUUCAGUCGUUCUAUACGCCCGGCAGCUAGCAGCGGCCUUCAAGUCCAGUAGCAGCCGUGUGCGGUGUUAAAUUACUUUAAUUAAUUCUCCAAGCAAACAAAGCGUUCCAGUUAUCCUCCUAGAGACCAUGGCUAGCUACCACAAACCCGACGAGAAGACUCUGCAGGGACUCAAAGACAUUGCUAACAAGCUAAGGAUCCACUCCAUCAAGGCAACAUGCGCUUCCAACUCUGGCCAUCCCACAUCGUGCUGCAGUGCAGCGGAGCUCAUGUCUGUGCUCUUCUUCAACGCCAUGCGCUAUAAAGCAGAUGAUCCUCGCAACCAGUGCAAUGACCGCUUUGUGCUCUCAAAGGGUCAUGCUGCCCCUGUCCUGUAUGCUGCCUGGGCAGAAGCAGGUUUCGUGAAGGAAUCUGAUCUGCUCAACCUGCGUAAGAUCGACUGUGACCUGGAGGGGCACCCCACACCUAAACUAGCAUUUGUUGAUGUGGCAACUGGAUCUCUUGGCCAAGGUCUUGGAGCUGCUUGUGGGAUGGCCUAUACUGGCAAGCAUUUUGACAAAGCCAGCUACCGUGUGUACUGCAUGCUUGGUGACGGUGAGUGUUCGGAGGGCUCCGUGUGGGAGGCCAUGGCCUUCGCUUCCUACUACAAGCUGGACAACCUGGUGGCUAUCCUGGAUGUCAACCGUCUCGGUCAGAGUGAGCCUGCACCCCUGCAACACGAAGUGGAGACCUACCGCAAACGCUGUGAAGCCUUUGGGUGGAAUACGUAUGUUGUGGAUGGGCAUGACGUGGAGGAACUGUGUAAAGCUUUCUGGCUGGCUAAGCAGGUUAAGGACAAACCCACUUGCAUUGUUGCGAAGACCUUCAAAGGAAAAGGACUCAAAAACAUUGAGGAUCUAGAGAACUGGCAUGGGAAGCCAAUCCCUAAGGACAAGGUAGAUGGCCUUCUGAAGGACUUGCAGUCUCUGAUCCAGGUCCCCAACAAGGCCCUCUGCCCAGAGCUGCCCAAUGAUGAUGCAGCACCAGCUGACCUGAGCCCCAUCUCCCUACCUACACCCCCAGCCUAUAAGAAGGGAGAUAAGAUGGCAACAAGGCAAGCCUAUGGUGUAGCCCUGGCCAGGUUGGGUCAGGGAAGCAAGAGGGUGGUUGCCCUGGAUGGAGACACCAAAAACUCCACUUUCUCAGAAUUAUUCAAGAAGGCCCACCCUGAUCGCUAUAUUGAGUGUUUCAUCGCUGAACAAAACAUGGUAGGGGUAGCCAUUGGCUGUGCUACUCGUGACCGCACAGUUGCAUUUGCCAGCACGUUUGCUGCCUUCUUCUCUAGAGCCUACGAUCAGAUUCGUAUGGGAGCGAUCUCACAGUCCAACGUCAACCUAGUAGGAUCUCACUGCGGUAUCUCCAUUGGUGAGGACGGUCCAUCUCAGAUGGCUCUUGAGGACUUGGCCAUGUUCCGCGCCAUACCGACGUGCACAGUGUUUUAUCCGAGCGAUGCCGUGUCGACGGAGAGGGCUGUUGAACUAUCUGCCAACACAAAGGGAAUCUGCUUCAUUCGUACUAGCAGACCAGCCACUGCAGUGAUCUACUCACCAGAUGAGAAGUUUGAAGUGGGUGUAGCCAAGGUUGUGCGCCAGUCUGACAGCGACGUGGUGACUGUGAUUGGAGCUGGUGUCACUCUUCAUGAAGCUCUGGCUGCUUAUGAUACGCUUAAAAGUGAAGGAAAAAACAUUUGCGUAAUCGACCCAUUUACCAUUAAACCCUUGGACGCCGCCACCAUUUUGUCCUGUGCCAGAGCCACAGGGGGGCAGAUCAUCACAGUGGAGGACCACUACAAGGAGGGUGGUCUCGGCGAAGCCGUGCUGUCUGCAGUGGGCAGGGAGCCCGGCAUCGUAGUUACCCGGCUGGCAGUGAGUGGUGUUCCCCGCAGUGGGAAGCCCCAGGAGCUCCUGGAUAUAUUUGGCAUCAGUGCCAAGCACAUCGUCACCGCUGUCCGCCAGACCUUUGCAAACUAAAGACUCCAUCUUCUGAGCUUUCAUCACAACCUGCUUCCAUCUAUCAGCCACAGCGUCCACACCAGCUAACCUCUCUACUGCCAUCUUGUGGCUUUAGAACUGCAGUUCACUAACCAUGUAUUGCAUUUUAAGAGCAGAGUGUAAUGUGUUUUGCAAAUAACCCUUUACCUUUGUUCACCUUUGUCAACCAUUCCUUUUCCCAAAUGCUUGUUGAAGAUGAAAACUACUGUAACAUUUGAUGGUACAAAUUUUGAUUGUGAAUUAACUCAGGCCACCACUUUUGUCAUCAUUCCCCUUAUUUUAUUUUUUUCCUCAACUCUGGCUUUUCACUAUGACUGCUGUUUUUGCAAUGCACUAUAUCUCUUAUGCAGUGAAAACCUUUAGCCCAGAGCUCAUAUGUUUACUUUACCGCAGAAUUAAGUCACACAAUGACAUUCCAUAGCAAUUCCUGAUCCCACAAAAUGUAACGACGCUUUUGAUGUUUGCAGAUUCUCAAGUCUCACCUGUUGUAGCUGUGAUGUGCUAAAUUAAAAGUUCAUGGUUUAACACCA